AUGCUGUCUGUUAUUUUGUACACCGGUACAGAUGCUUAUAUGGACUUAAGAUGGGAUGAAAUUCAGCAUGCAUCUAUCCCAUUCAACAUUCAAGAACAAAAAUGGCCAAUUUUUGGCAAAGUAUUAGAAGAGGCUAUCUAUAUUCUAAGCCAAACGGAUGAUGAAUUUCAACCAGAAAUUGUCUAUCAUGGUCUAAAAGAUAUCGAAAUUGAUCCAGAAACAUUUAACAAUGAAGUAUCCAUAGGGACACAGGGUAAUCCAUGUUCUCGUUUUGGUUAUGGAACAUUUGUAAGCACAUCGUGGAAUCCACGUGUAGCUCUUGGAUUUAUGUCUGGUAAAGGACUGCUAUUAAAAAUUUUUCUUAAUCAUGAUAAUUAUUAUGGUCCCGUAUUCGGUGCUGAUGUCUCCUGGAUAUCAAAAUUUUCAACGGAAUCAGAGUAUUUGAUUGUAAGAAGUGCCAUAUUUUUUAUCCGGACAGACCCAUACUAUGAUACAGAACUAAACUGUCAAGUUGUUGAAGUAGAACCUAGACGUCAUGGCACCUAG